CCGGUUCUGGCGCUGGGGUUCUGAAACUGGUGUGCUGCGGGUCUGCAGCUGGAUACUAUUGACCUCGGAUGGUUUAGACAUUAGGGCUGAUAAUCUAAAUCCUUAUCGAGAAAUACUGUUGACCGGAAGUUCUGUAUCUCUACUCCGCGUUCCGAAAGCAGGAAGUGUGACAUAGGCCUGGGAGAGUGAGCGCGCACCCGCACAAUGGAGGAGCCGCGCGCGGACGAAAACGGUGAGCAGAAGAAAAUGGCCAACGACGAGGAUUUAAGCAACUUUGAUCGUGGUAUGAUUGUCGGUGCCAGACAGGCUGGUCGGAGUGUUUCCGAAACUGCUGAUUUACUGGGAUUUUCACACACAGCCAUCGCCAGGGUUUUCAAAGAAUGGUCCGAAAAAGAGAAAAUAACGUUAUCCAGUGAGCGUCAGUUCCGUGGGAAAACAGGUCAGAGGAAAAUGGCCAGCCAGGUUCAAGCUGAUAAAAAGGCAAAAGACACAAAAAUAACCACAAGUUGCGAACAAGGUGUGCAAAAGUGCAUCUCUGAACGCACAACACGGAGAGCUUUGAAGAAAAUGGGCUACAGUAAGAAAUCCCGACGGGCGCAGCAAAAUAGUUCAAUAAAAGAUGGGGAAAAUGUUGUUUCUGAGGAGAAAACGCUGUCGGAGAAGUCUCAAGUUCUGCAGACACAUUCAGAUGGAGGACAUAUUGAAACAGAAACCGAAAAAGAAACAGAAAGCAAUGGAACAGUUGAAAGCCAAGGCUGCUCAGAAGGACCUUUAAGUUGAGAAGAAAUCAAGAAGUCUGGGAAGAAAUGAAUGUGAUUUACUGUUCAAAACACCAACUUAUGAUUUGGGUCAACAAUGGCAACAUCAAAUCAUUUUUUUGUUGGCACUUUAUAUUUCAAUUUCAGAUGUUUAAUGUCUGAAUUCGCAAAGCUCACGACAACACAGUUCUAUAAUAUCCAAACAUUUCAAGUGUAAAUUCUCAUGUAAACAACUGUUUGUUCAAGCCUAUCCAUCUGUAUAUUCAGCUCUCUGGUCACACUUUUCAUGUCUCCAAAUGUUCAAUCCUCUUUGAUUAACCUGAACACACACGUCUUUUGUUAUUGUUUCUUUUCGUUAUAUAAGUUUUAGUUAUUUUGCUGAUG